AUGCCUAAAAGACGAAGGGAGUCAAAAGAAGAACGUUUAGAAAGGAAGUUGAACAAAUAUAAGAAAAAUAUGAACGUUGUAAAAGACGUAAAGACGAACAUUCAAAAGAUAAUAGAAACGAAAAUGAUGUUGGCGAUAUUGGUAAUAAAAAGUAUUGAAUCAGAUGAGGAGAUUAUUCUGGAAAAUAUCGAACCAGAGGAGGAGGAGGAGGUAGAAAUUAUGGAAGUUAAAGAAGAAAAUUUAGAAGAGGAUAUUAUAGAAGCCAUGGGUCCUCCGAUUUGUACUGAAUCUUCAUAUGGUCAACCAAUACAUCCAGAGGUUUAUAAAAGGGUCGAAGAGGCACCACUACUGAAUCCUGAAUUACACAUGAUACAGGAGUCAGAAAAAACAAGAGAUAAAAAAAUUGAGAACCGCCAAAAUUUAUUAGGAUUAGCCGCAGGCACAAUAUUAAAAUGUGUUGAUAAUUUAACCAAACAGAAUUUUAAUAAAUUAGAUAUCAUAAAAAACAUGACAGAGGCGGCCAGGAUUCUAGCCCAUCUCCAUUCAGAAGGUACGGUAAUAAGAAAAAAAUUGUUAAUACCUCACUUAGAUAAAACCAUAUCUAAGACUCUUGCGGAUCUCAAACGGGAUAAAUUCUUAUUUGGAGAAAAAUUGAGUGAAUGUGUAAAGAGUGCAACAAUUUUACAAAAAUCUGCUUCAAAUCUUCUAAAGAAAUCUAUUCCAAAACCUUUUAAGCCAAGGCAAAAUUCUACUACAAAAAACUACUAUCCCCCUCAACAUCAAAGGACCCAGAGGAAGAUGUUCAGGGGAAAUCAAAAUUUUCAACGGCCGGCAACCAAGGUCCAAGCACCGGCAGUGACUGGCAGCCAGCCUCACAAACAAAAGAAUUACAGACAACAACGUGCCAAAUACCCAUAG